AUGACUGUACUCGGAUUUCCCCCGGAAGAUAUAAACUUCAGACGCUGUCUGGUCGACGUCUCCUUCGCCCGCGUCCAUCUCUUUGGAGCUCUAUCGUUCACUCACAAACCAUCGCUCUUGCAUGCUUUUAGCAAGGGCACCAUAACCGAGAAGGAUGGAGAUCAACUUCUCUACACCAUGUGCGCGUUCGGAACGAGUUUGGAUCACUCUGUUCUGUCAACAGUUGCAAGCUGGAAAGCCCCGAAACUGAUAUUGAUAGAGCAGAAGCCUAGUCCCUUGCCUAGCGAUCUCAAAGUCGUAGAUGCGCGCCGAGGAAGGAAUGGUCGGAGCAAGAACGGGAACGGCUUCUGCUAG